AUGGCAUCAAGGAACGGGAUCACGUCUAAGCUCAAAUACAUUGUUGAGGAUGAGAGUUCAAUAAAGAAUGCUAAAAUCGAAAACUGCAUUGGCUCUGUCAAAGUGCCUGUUGGCAUUGCCGGCCCUCUGAGGAUAAGCGGUUCUGAUGGCACAAAGGGCAUCUUCCACGCCCCAUUAGCAACUUGCGAAGCUACAUUAGUAGCAGGUUGCUCCCGGGGGAGUAAGCUCUUGAACUCCAGCGGUGGAGUUAAAUUCAAACUGCUCCGAGACAAUAUGACGAGAGCUCCUGUCUUUUGGUUUUCCUGUGUGGAGGAUGCUGCAUCAUUUUACGACUUGUUACCUCAACUCUUCUCCGAAUUCCGAGAUGCUGCACAAUCUACCAGCAAAUACGCCUGCCUCGAAAAAAUCACGCCUCACCUUGUGGGAAACACUGUUCACGUCGUACUUGAGUACCACUGUGGAGAGGCUGCAGGCCAAAACAUGGUUACAUUUGCUACACAGCAGGCAUGUGACCGUUUUGCAGCAUCCACUACAGCCCAAGAAGUGAGACUCCAGAAGGUUUCCAUCGAAGGAUCACUAGCCUCAGAGAAAAGCUUAUCUUGGGGAAAUAUCUUAAACUCACGUGGCGUUUCUGUCAUGGCGUGGGGGAGGAUCACCAAAAUGGCCUGUGAAAGUACUCUAGGCUGUUCUACUUGGGCUCUUUACCAGCACACAAUAAAUAGCAAGGAGGCUGCUACACGACAUGGGCAGUUGGGAUACAGUGUCAACCAAGCCAAUAUUGUGGCCGCAAUGUUCAUCGCAUGUGGACAAGACGCUGCCAGUGUGGCAGAAUCUGCCUGGAGCCACUUGAUUCUUGAAUACGACCGGGGAACCGAAGAGCUCUGUGUGUCAACCUAUUUUCCAAGUCUCCCAGUUGGAACCGUCGGAGGCGGUACUAUCUACGACACGCAGAGAGAAGCGUUGGAGAUACUUGAAUGUACUGGCCCAGGAUCCAAAUGUCGUUUGGCGGGCCUAAUCGCAUCGUUCGCUCUUGCUCUGGAUGUUAGUACAGCCGCCGCGGUUACCAAUAAUACAUUUGCAGCUAGCCAUUACAAGCUUGGAAGAUCUACUGGUGACGCACAACAUAAGCUUUGA